UCGCGAAACAUCCACUCGAAGCAACACUACGAGCACUCAAGUGCUAAUUUCGCUCCAUUAACCGCUAGCUCCGACGAAAUGAGGCGGAUUUUUCUCACCGUGGCACUGCUACUAGUAACAUCUCAGGGCCGGAUCCAGUCGAGAGGGAGAGGUUUGCGUCAAGCUGGGUUAGAAGAAGAGAAAAAUGUGGUGGGGGGCGAGAAGCCGUGUAACGUGAGGUUGGGCACUAUCUGUUUGGAUGAAGAAGACAAUGACUACGAGGAAGAGUAUGAAGACGACUACAAUGAAGACUAUGGUGAGGAGUACAAAGAGGUCUCCGAAGAGGACUAUAAAGAUGACUACGGAGACAACUUUGAAGAAGGCUACGAUGAGGAAUACAAAGAGGACUCCGAAGAUGAACAUAAACGAAGUUAAUUCUAGUUUUCAUUCUGAAUCAGAUGAUUCCCAUGACAAAACAGAAAAUGUGUUUAAAUAAAGAGAAUUUGUCUCUAAUUUUUGCAAAACUUUUAGCAAAGGUGCUACUUUUCUGACGAUUGUAAUCCUGGAGUAUUUUACAUUCUACAUAUAACUAAAUAUUUUUCUUUUUAUAUACUUAUAAAUAAUU